AUGCUGCGGCAUGGCCAGCGCUGCGGGCCCUUGCUGAGCCUGCCCAGCCGGGCCCGCGGGCCCCACGCCCCCGGGCCCCUGGGCCAGCUCUUGCUCGAUCUCAGAGACGCUAUGAGGGCCGCGCGGUCUCCAAUCGAUGAUCAGGCUCAAGGAACCAAUCCCCAGGUCGAACCCCCAAGUACUCAUGUGACGCCGCCCUCCGCAAAGAGAAUCCGCGCCGAGGGAAACCCGCCGUCGAUUGCCACUCGCGAUAUUACGCACGAUACGACUCCGACAGCUAAUCACCACCCGCAACAACGACCAAUCGCGGCAUCGAAUUGA